AACUUUUUUAAUGGCCACUAGUUUGUUCAUUUCCAUGGUGUUUUUGUCGAUGGGCUGUGACUCAUCUAGGCUGUUUAAACUAGCCAAAAGCUCAAAUUUCAAGGUGAUUACAGGUAGUUUGUAAUUAGAACCAUUAGGAAACUAACUAAACUAAGGAUAGUCAUUCAAUAAUCAACAAGUGACAUUCACCCCAAGAAGUCAGGAUGCAAAAGAACAGCGGAUGUGAAACAGUGCAAGUUAGUUAUCGCUCCAAAGUUGAAUUCAAUGUAACGAAGGCCCUGAUCCGUUCUCGAAGCGACUGUUUCUUGGAGUCAAAGCGAGCGCGUGAACGAAUGCUUAAAGAAAAAGAAUUUGAAAACCGAACUCCAUGGGACAUCAAGCCACCGGACUUCACACUUCAAAUCUACCGUCCAAAGCCUCCCAAACGAAAUACAAGAGAAUCUAUGAUACCAGGUUACAACGAAGACGAGUGGAAUGAAAGAGCAAAGGAGAGAAACAAACAGCGGAUUGAAUUUAAACCUAUUUCUUUACCAAAAAUCCUACAGCCCCCAGUAUCACACAAGGUGCCUUUCUCCACUCAGUUUCGUAUUCCGGACUCUCAUGCUGCCAAAAUCAAGUACGUUAGGGAAGGUGUACACAAACGUGAUCCUUACGUUACACCGGGACCUCAUGCCUUCAGAGGGGAUAAUUUCAGACCAGUAAGUUGUUAUAGUUAAGUAACCAAUUAAAUCAAAUAUACAUCUCAUUAUCUGUUUCAUAAAAUAUAAUUCCUGUUAUUGUUAUCAAUAUUAUUACAAUACUAUUGAAUGUUUUAAAUCGUUUUGGUUGAUUUCUUACAUCCGUUCAGAUUUUUUUCCCAAGAGCAUUUUUUUGUUUAUGAACGGUGGUGUAUAAAACGCUAAAAUAACGGCUAAUUGCGUAAUACAUAAAAGAGCACCCUAGCAUGAGUUUCACCCACGAAGUCAUGAUUCAAGACAGGGAUAACUUAAUGGCAGACUUUUUUUAUCCUUACCCUCUCAAUUCUUGGACAGGGGGGAGGUAUCUCUCUCUCAGAACCUUUGAUAUUAAAAAGUUAUUAAGACUAGAUCAGCUUGUAGACAUGAUGGCACACUGUGCUAGGACAUGAGGCAACUAAAACUUUUGCUAUUCACCCUAGAUGGGAUGCCAGUUUAUCAUAAGUUUCGUCCCACAUUUUAUCUGUGUGAGAGUAAAGAAUUUUUCCCAAGAACACAAAAAAGGGACCCAGUCAGGGCUCAAACCCCCUUCAUUCCAUCAGGAAUCCAGUUCACUGGCUUAACUAACACAUUUUCGACAAAAAAAAUUUCUGCUGAAUCUAGGCAUAUAGUAAGGAGAGAAACUUUCUCAAAAAAUGCACAUAUUUUACAUUUGUGAUUUAUAGCUGGAGAAUCCAAAAACAUAUGGUUUGCCAGAGUUCGAGACUACUUAUGAUCACGAUCCAGGAAAUUUGAAGUUCAAGUCCAGAACAUUGAAUGUCUUACAUGACCGUAAGUGUUCUAAUGCACCUAAAUGUAAAUUAUUCAAACUACAACUUCAGCAACAUUCUCAUUCUAAAUGAAACAUCAGUAAUUUAAUAUUAACAGGUAUUUCAAUUGAGUAUGAUGAACAUCAUGAGGAAAAGAAAACAAAAAUUUCAACACUUAAAUUUAUCUGUACUACAAUUUUCAAAUAGAUAAUUCAUGCAAAAUUAUGAUCUUCAUCGCUAAAUUACAGUCACUGUGUAAUAAACAUGAUCCAGGCAAAAAAGAAACACAAUUACCAACCUAUUCUCAAUAACCCUUUGGUGAUGUUGCUAUGAUUGCAUUAUAUGAUUAAUUAUCAAAUCAAUCCCUUUUUUAGCCUAUACAGAUCAGUUUAUAAAUUGUAAGGAUGGUUAUAGAAAACAGAUGAUAACUUAUAAAGAGGAGGAGUGCGAAUGGGAUAAGUCACUCAUCUUAUACAAAGGGGUAAGUGGUGUAAACUAAGUUGAUGGAACACACAAUUAUUACUUAUGUAAGCUAUUUAAUAAUUCAGUGCCUUCUGCCAGGCCAAUUACCUAGAGUUCCAACACCUCUCUUGCCUUCAUCUGCACAUCAUGUUAACUCACUGCAGCAGCACUAUUUGCUUUAGUGAUUAUGAAUGAAUAAAGAGAGAUGGAGAGAUAGAUAGGAAAGUGAGAUGAAAGAGGCUGGACUGUCAUGAAACUGAUACGAAAACAAAUUUCUCUCAUUUGACUGUCUUACUUUUACAUUCCACUGUUUGUCUCAUUGUGGAUUUUAAAUGGCAUCAGAGGCAUGUACAAGUACAAUGCCUAUUAGAACAUAACACAAUUUGCCUUGUCCCUUACUUAACAACACAUGCUUGAAACUGUUCUCUGUUUCUCUUUCACGAAACUUUGCAGCCAUACAAAAAGGGUCAUUUGCCAGGAAGUGCUCUGAUGAGACAGAUAGCCAAACAGCUGCCAUGGUGUUCACCCCAAGAUAAGAUUGAACAAUUUUCAAGGCCAGACAUUUUUGACAAUAAAACAGUUGACUGGUUAGAAGUAACAGCACAUAGCAAAGAACUCAACAGGAUCUAAAAAUUGACAAGAGCAUGCAGAAAUGUGCAGAGUAAACAUGGUCCUAGUGUAUGUAAACAAUUGCGAAUUACACUUCAUAGUGACUGGCAAAACAUGCUACAGCUUGUUGUGCAUCAACAACAGCUUGUUGAACCUAUAUCAAAGACUGCAAUAAGGGUUCUUCUACUGUGCAAUAGCUAACAAUUAUUCACCAAAGUGGAGCCGCGAACUGGUGAUCAGGGUAAAUAUCCACCACUUUCUCAAAAACCAUGGUGAAUAAUUGAUUCAGUAAAUACCACACAGAAACUGAAAAGAAUUAGUUUAUUUCAGUCUGUAAAUAUACAAAAAAAUGGUUGGAAAUUGAAUUAUUGACAUGCAAUUUUGUCUCCUUGGUUGCUUGGAGGUGAAUAGUGCUUGCUAAUCAUUUCUGAACCAGCUAAUCAUCAUGCAUGAAAAGAAACAUUCACCUGUGAGGUAUAAACUAAUUCAAAAUAUGUCAGACUGGAAAGUGUUCACUCUCUGAAAGUUUAUUUUUAAAAACAAUCAUGUCUCCCCACCCUUUGAUAAUGUGUUACAAACAUUUUUAUACAAUCACUUACAGGCAAAAAUGAAAUGAACAACAAACUAUUAAUUUAUUCUAUUAGAAGUACAUUUUUUUUGGUUAUUGUUGCAUUUUUUUCCAGAUACCAUGUACACAAACAUAAUAUUUAAGAAUAUUUAAAUUCAAAUUUUUCUUG